AUGUCGCUACUCCAGUCCUACCGGAACCUCUCGCCUCGCACCCGCAUAGGCGUGGGCAUUGGCAUUCUCGCCUGGGGCUUCAUCGGUCUGCAGCUCUCCGACCGCGCCGAGGAGAAAUUUGGUCUGAAGCCCACAGACGAGGACAAGGCCGCCUUAAGCCAGCUGGCCCCGAGGAUUAUCGCCGUCGACAAGGGCAAAGAUCGGUGA